GGAAUGGGGAUGGUUUCAGGGUUGGGGACAGGGAUGGAAUUGGGGAUAGGAUGGGGACCUGGAUGGGAAUGGCGAAGGAGGUGCUGGGGGUGCCCCAGGCCAACCGCUGGAACGUUUGGGGAUGUCCCGGGACAAUCCAGGAGGUUUUGCAGUGGGAUGUCCUGCACCAGCCCUGAGUAGCUCUGGGGGAUCCUGGGGCAGAGCAGCCCUCCAGCACUAGGGGCUAUCCUGGACCAGCCCUUGAGAGUUUCACCCUUGUCCUGGCCCUUGGCAUGGGGUGGAGCAGGGCCUUGGAGGGGGCUGGGCACUCUGGAGCGGGCAGAGCUGUGCGGGCACCCUGACCUCUCAGAUCCGCCCUGGUGCAUAGAGGCGAAGGGGGCCAGGCAGGAGGUCCUGCAGUGCCAGGACAGGCUGUCUGUGCCCCCCAUGCUCACAUCCCAGCCCUCUUCCGCAUGAGCAGAGCCGCACAAUCCACCCUUGUCCCCAGCGGGGCUGAAGUAGGUCAGGGAGACAGAGCUGAGCCCUCUAGGCCCCCCCCAGGGAGGGAACCUCACAGCAGGGGAUGCGCAGGGCCCCAGCGGCAGCUCCACUGGGUUGGUGCCCACCUGUGUCCUGGUGAGACCCCACUGUCCGCAGCCCAGGGGAUGCCAGGCACUUCCCCAGCCCCUCCCCAGUCCCCUGGGUUUGGGGUCCCCCUGCAGCCCCACAGGCAGAGUCCUCAGGGUGCGAGUUGGGGUGGAUGAGCCAUGGGGAUGGCCCCCAGCAUUGGGGGCUGGAGCUGAGGAGCAGGUGCUGGGCUGGGCCAGAGCUGGGUGACGAGAAACAAGGAGGAGAAAGGGGAAAGCAAUUUCUCACCCCUUAAUUGCAGUUAAUCAUUGGUGAACUUGUUUACUGCAGGAGUCAAAGUUCUGCUGUAAGGGUGCAAGCGCAGCGUAACUGCCGGCAGCAUCCCGGCGAGGUGGCUGCAGGCUCCAGGCAGGAUGGCAUGGCACCCGUUGCUGCUGCUCCCCUUCUUCCUGGCAGCAGCGACAGGCAACACAGCUCCCUUCUUCAACAUGACCAUUGUGUACGUGCCUGAGGACCUGCAGAUAGGUGAGAUGGCUUUCCAGCUGAUAGCCUAUGACACAGAUGGGGACAAGCUCACCUACAGCAUCUCUGGGACAGAUGCCUUCUACUUUCAUGUCGAUGCACAGACAGGUGUGGUGACACUGAGGAGCCUGCUGGACCGUGAGUCCCAGGCCAAGCUCAUCAUCAUUGUCACGGUAUCAGAUGGGAUUAAUGAUCCGGUCACCAAGCGCCUAACCAUCAUUGUGGAGGACCGUAACGACAACGCACCAGUCUUCCAGAACCUGCCCUAUGAAACCUCUGUCCUCGAGAACACGACAGUGGGCAGCAUCAUCUACACUGUGUUUGCCAUCGACUCUGACACUGGGACUGCUGCCAGAGUCAGCUACAGCAUCCAGGAGGUGAUCCCAGACACAGUGAAGAACCACUGGCUCUUCUACAUCCUGCCCAACGGGAGCGUGGUGCUGAACAACUCGCUGGACUACACCAUGAACACGUUCUUCCAGCUGAAGAUCCUUGCCCAGGACGGUGGAGGGCUACUGCAUGGGGAGACGGUCAUCCAGAACAGCACCACCUACCUGUCCAUUGCCGUCAUCGAUGUGCCCAACCUGGACCCACGCUUCCUCAAUGAGCCCUACUCUGGCUCCGUGCCCGAGGGCAGCCCAGUGGGCACCACGGUGCUGACCGUCACCGCCAUGGACAGAGACACGGGGGUGAACGAUAAGAUCUCCUACAGCUUCACCAGUACCAGCGUCCCCUUCGCCAUCAACUCCACAACGGGCACCAUCACCGUCAGCCAGCUGCUGGACCGCGAGCAGCUGCCGAGCGAGGAGGUGCUGCUGGAAGUCAGGGCGCGUGAGAACAACCUGGACAUCUAUGGCAACGUGGCCGAGGCCAGCACGCUGGUGACAGUGUUGGUGACUGAUGUCAAUGACAACAAGCCUCAGUUCUACCAGUGCUCCCUCUCCAACUGUGACUUCAACCACACCCAGAGCAACUUCACGGGGAGCAUCAUGGAGCACUCCUCCUCCAAAGUGCCCGUGUCCAACCUCAGCAUUGUUGCGCACGACCCAGACAAGGGCAUCAAUGGCACUUUUGAGCUGUACCUGCAGGGCGCAAAUGCCAGCGCCUUCACUGUCUCCCCCACGAGAAUCGUGGGCACGGGGGAGGUGCAGAUCCUCGUGCAAGACCCAUUAGCUGUGGAUUAUGAGAUCACCCAUGUCAUGGUGGUGCAGCUCAUUGCUAACGACACGGGGAACCCCACAGACUGCUGCUCCACAGCCACCGUGACCAUUGACCUCAUCGACACCAAUGACCACACCCCCGAGUUCCCGCAGAGCACCUACAACCUGAGUGUGAUGGAGAACAGCCCUGACGGCACCGUCAUCGCCACCAUCACGGCUUACGAUCCGGAUAGUGGUGCUGGUGGCCAGAUCACCUACCAGCUGCUCCCGGAGAGCAUCCGGGAAAUCUUCAUGGUGAAUGCCACGAGCGGGGUGGUGCUGGUGAGGAAUGGGUCUCUUCUGGACCGGGAGAUGCGCUCUGUGUACUACGCCAACCUACAAGCUGAGGACGGGGGUAACAUGAGAGGCAUCACGCUGCUGGAGAUCACUGUGCUGGAUGAGAAUGACGAGGAGCCUGUCGUCAUCGGCUCCUACUUCAUCUCCGUGGAAGAGGGGCAGAACGUCAGCACACAGAUCAAGGCCAUCGACAAUGAUGAGGAUGGCACUCCCAACAGCAAGCUGGGCUUCAGGAUCGUGCCAGGGCUGUACAGCAACAACUUCACCAUCAACCAGAUCACAGGAGAGAUGCACAGCAACGAGCCGCUGGACCGUGAGGCCGUGGACGAUGAGGAGGGGCAGCUGGUGGUGACAGUGGAGGUGUAUGACCACGGGGUGCCGCAGCUCAGCACGAUGGUGAACGUCACCAUCACUGUGGCGGAUGUGAAUGACAACGCGCCCAUGUUCCUCCAACAGUCCUAUGAGUUCUCUGUCUUUGAAAGCUCUGAAGGGUCCUUCGUGGGGGACGUCGUGGCCACGGAUGCUGACCGGACAGAGAUCAACUCCCGCAUCUCCUUCCAGCUGGAGAGGAGCACUGGCUCCAGCAACUUCUUGAUCAGCUCGUCCCGCCUGGGGCCGGGCAACUACAGCGGGCGGCUGUACCUCGACCCCGACGUGACCGUGGACUAUGACACCAUGCAGGAGAAGUUCUUCUCCUUGGUGGUGCUGGCAGAGAACACAGCCGCAGAAAAUGCAGGGAGCACCGCCAAUGCCUCGGUGCUGGUCAACAUCCUCGAUGUCAACGACGAGCCGCCCACCAUCCUUCCGUCCUCGCUGGGGGACGUGAGUGUGAGCGAGAACGGCACGCAGCAGGGUCUGGUCCACACCGUGGUUGCCUCCGACCCGGACACCAACCACUCGCUGGUCUUCGAGGAGCUGGCGAUCACCUGCUAUAAGGGCGACAGCAGCGCUGGGGAGGUGUGCUGGGACUGGUUCGUGCUGCUGCCCAAUGGCUCGGUGCUGGCCAACAGCUUGGACAUUGACUACGAGCUGUGUGACUUGGUCCGGCUGACCAUGCGGGUUGAAGACCUCUACACCCAGAAAGGCAACCACUACAGCCAGAACGAAACCCUGCAGAUCCGGAUCACAGACAUUAAUGACAAUGCACCGAUCUUCCUGCCUGUCUCCGGGACCUUUGUGGUUGUCCCCGAAAUCUCUUCUAUGGACCUGCAAGUGGCUACUGUGAAGGCCACUGACGCCGACUCGGGGCUGGGAGGAACCAUCGUUUUCUCCAUCAUCAGCGUGGUGCUUGUGGAGGAAGGUGGGGUCAAGCGGCCCUUUGAGAAUCUCUUCAAAGUGGUGACCUCAUCUGAGCAGGACAUCUACACCGGGAGCAUCCAGGUGGCCAGCAACCUGGACAGCUCGCUGAAGGGGCAGUACCAGGUGACUGUGGAGGCUCAGGACAGCACGGCACCGCAGCACGCGACACAGACCACUGUCAAUAUCUUCUCAGUGGACAAGAGCUACUGCAUUCUCCUCCAGUUUGUGACAACAGUGGAAGAAGUGCAGAGCAAUUUGGAAAGCAUCAGAGUGGCCCUGACCAGCGCCACUAAGGCAGGGGUCUACGUGGCAGCCAUCCGGAACUAUGAGGACAGCCGUGCCACCCGGGUGAAUCCCAAGUCGGUGAUGGAGGUGUACUUCGUCUACAGCAAUGGCACAGCGCUGGACGUCAACCAGCUGAGCCCGCUCAUCCAGAGUGACCCACAGGUCCUGGCCAACCUGGUGAACCUGGGCCUGGCCAUCAUCGGCUCCGGUGAGGUGACAGAGCCCAGCAAGGAGAAGGAGAUGAUCGGCAUCAUCGCGGGGCUGGCAGCCUUCCUGGUCCUCUUCAUCCUCGUCAUGACCCUGGCCUUGGUGCUGACCAUUAGGAGCUACAAGAGGAAGCUGAGUGCGAUGAAGGCUCUCAAGGCGGCCACGACGCUGAGCCCAGCUGUGGUGCAGGGAGCAGGCAUCCCCGGCACCAACAAGUACAACGCUGAGAGGGCCAACCCCAUGCUGAACGUCUCACUGGACCCAUCCCAUGAUCUGGGCUUCCACGAAGAAACCAGCUCACUGGCCAGCACCAAUUCCCUGGAUGAAAACAAGGUGGAUUCACCCAAGGACGACAACUUCAAGGCCAAGAGAGGGAGCCCACAUCCCACAGACUCCACUGAGGACGAGGUGCUGGUGGCCGCCCUGAACAUGAAGGAACCCCCCAAAACGGCCUACAUCAACACCACCUUCAACACCACCGACCUGUGAGCGGCACACGGGGCACAGAGGGGCCGGAGCGGGACUCGGGCAGCUGCUCUGGCGAUGUCGUGUUCAAUGCCAGCAAUAAACCCAUCUCACGUGGUGACAGUGUCCCAUGGCCA